GAUCGUUGUCAACGGUAAACGCAUACUGUCUAGUAAUCGUCGUGUACUUCAAUCUCGGUCGUAUUACCUAACGCCAGAUGCUUUAAAUUUAGCAGCAGGGCGUUUGGUUGAAGUGAGCGCGAGAAGCGUGACGUUUUAUUAACCCGGAAAUAACAGUCAGUAAAACAGUGAGCGAAAGAGAGCACUACUCAGACUCAGAAGGAGAGAGAGAUAGAGAGAGAGAUAGCGAUUUAAACCUUUCUCCCUGGAGGUUAUAGCGUGGACUUCAUACGUGUUUUUCAAGGCUUUGGGAUAAGGACUGUUAGUAUUUCGGCAGGACUACGACCUCGGCCGAGCGCCUUGUUAGGCCUCACGUCUGACACCUCUGCACUUCUGUUGGUACGUUGUCAUGGGGAACCUCCUUAAAGUCUUGACAUGCACAGAUCUUGCGCAGGAGCCCAACUUUUUCCUCGAUUUCGAAAAUGCCCAGCCCACAGAAGCCGAGCAGGAGACGUGGGAGGAAGUGGAUGUUGUCCUAAAGGAUGCGUUGGGAAUACUCGACGAACUACAGGCGUAUAAAGGCGCCGGGCAAGAGAUACGAGAGGCAAUCCAGAAUCCCCAUGAUGAGGCAUUACAAGACCAGGCGUGGGCUGCUGUAGUGCCGCUUGUAGGCAAACUGAAGAAGUUCUACCAGUUUUCACAGAGAUUAGAAGCAGCGCUACACAGUUUGUUAAGAGCGCUCACCAGCGAGAAGUACAGCGACCCCAUGCAGCACCUGGAAAGAGAGCAGGCCCUCGCCAAACAGUUUGCCGAGAUACUGCACUUCACGCUGCGCUUCGAUGAGCUCAAGAUGACAAAUCCUGCCAUUCAGAAUGACUUCAGUUAUUACAGGAGAACCCUGAGUCGCAUGAGGAUCAAUAACGUUCCUGCCGAGGGAGAAAAUGAGGUUAAUAACGAAUUAGCCAAUCGGAUAUCUCUAUUUUACGCUGAUGCCACGCCCAUGCUGAAGACAUUAAGCGAUGGAACGACAAAGUUUGUAUCUGAGAAUAAGAAUUUGCCCAUUGCGAACACCACAGAUGUAUUAAGCACUAUGGCAAGUGUGUGCAAAGUUAUGUUGGAAACCCCCGAGUAUCGAAGUCGUUUCAGCAGCGAGGAGACCGUGUCCUUCUGUCUGCGUGUCAUGGUCGGGGUCAUCAUCCUCUACGACUACGUCCAUCCUGUUGGUGCUUUCGCCAAGUCCUCCAAAAUAGACAUGAAAGGCUGCAUUAAAGUGCUUAGAGAUCAGCCGCCAAACAGCGUGGAAGGUCUUCUGAAUGCUCUCAGGUACACAACAAAACAUCUUAAUGAUGAAUCGACCACUAAGACAAUUAAAAGCAUGCUGCAGUAGCAAGAAACUCUGGGACACGUACCACUGGCCUCAAGUUAAUGCUCAGGAGAAGCACGCACACACACACACACACACACACAGUCUUUCUCUCCUGGACUCGAGCGAUGCACAGAAUGUUUUUAUAUUAAAAUCAGACAAAACCUUCUCUACUCUUUUGUUGUGUUUUUACAAUGGAAAUGCUACUGGCUUGAUGUGUGGUUUUCUGUGCCAAAAUGUUUUUUGCUGAAAUCCUCGUUUUUUAACAUUUCUGAAAUUCAGCCAUGCUACUGAUGGCAGCUAUGAAAGCAUUGUUAGGUUAUAUUUGUGGUUAUUGUAUUAAUUUAGAUCGUUUCCCGAUAAAGGGAGGGUGGGUGUUUUGACUUGAAUAUAAAUAUUCAUCUAAAUAUUGUCUGUAUGAUCUGGAUAAGAACAGUAUAUUAUAAAAAGAGAAAUAUAUAUUAUUUUUGUUUGAAUUAAUAUUUAAUGUUACAUUCACUGCAUGGCAAAAUGAUUGCAUUUCUUCUAUUUAAAAGAAAACUAAAAGAAAUGAAUGUUGUCAUGGUUGUGUAUAAAAGAUAAGAUGUUUAUGUUUUAAAGCCGAAAUGGUACUUGGAGAUUACAAAUGGAGAUUAAGUGAUAGAACAUUUCAAAUGUUAUCUUUUUUAUAGGUUUUGUUUGUGCAUUUGUUUGUUUUGUUUUUCUUUAUAGGUGUUAUAAUUCUGUUUAGCUUUCAAAAACUGUGAUAGAUUGUAAUUUGUUGAGUGUCAUACAGUAUGUGAUGGCGACGUGAUGUUAAGAGGAAAUAAAAUGCUUUGGUUUUUAUAAUGCUUUGCUGCGUUUUUAAUUCAGUGUUACAGAUGGUUUUAACGCGCAAUCUAGGAUGAAUCCAAUUCCUAGAGAGAGCAGGGUGUGGUCACGGGCUGUAAUUCUGCAGUAAAUAAGGACAGGAAUCAAGGUCAGAUGAGGAGGAGAGAGAGGAGAAGCUCUGGGUGAGGCACUGCAGGUCUGUCUGCAUUCUACUGCUGUUGGAGCUCUUGGGGUUGCGGAGGAAAAGAGAGAGAGAGAGUUUUAGGGUGUGUCCUGUAUCCAUGGUGCUCUGCUGGAUUUAGGACCUGGAGUGCAGAUGUUGAGAGAGUUUAGGAAAGCAGGUUAUGUAAUGGGAGGGUCUGUGAUCCGCAGCACUAAAAUGUGCUGAAGAAAAGCAUUUCAAUUUGGUAUUAGCUUUAGGUGGCGACAGGAACAUGUGCAUGUACUCAUUUGCAGAGAAAACAAGUCAUUAAUAUUUUAUGAUGUUUGAUUGCUUCACUGAUGGUUUGAUAACUGCACUGUAAAAAGUAAGAACUGAAUCUACUUAAGAGGGACUUGUAGAUUUAACUGAUUUUGUCAAUUUUACUUGAUUAUGUUGUGUUGUGUGAACUUUUAGGAGGAUUCAAGAGUUAAACUAAAUCAUUUAA